AAAAAAAAAAAAAAAAUGGUAGAAAUAAAUCAAACUUAAAUACCUCAAAUGAAUAUUAUUUUGCUCUUUUCUUCAUAAAAUGACGUGGCAUGAUCUGGUUGGUUGGAUCAGUUUCUAUGCAAACGGCGAAAAUCUCAGCCAAACAGAGGAUAAGCUUGGCUCAAACACCCGAUGAACAAAACAACUGUCGGAACAAUGUCCAUUCAUCAGAACUUCCUCCACCGGACUUAUAUGAACCAACAAAAUCCCGGUGACCGGAAAGUUGAAUUCCAGGAGACUGCAAUCCCGUCCAACAAAUUACCGGCGGAACAAUUCUUGCCAUUAGCAACGGCAUUCAGACGGCGGCUUCUAACUGGGAUCGGAUCAGCUUCUCUAGUUGCCGUCGGUGCCAACUUCGCCGGUACAACUAGUUUCCUUCUUGGUUUGUCGCCGGAGGCUGCCCGGAAUCUCAAACUUGAUGUGCUUUAUCCCAUCAAAGGUUACAGCCGCUGCAUCAAAUCUGAAGAAGGAUUUGAAUUUAUAUACCCAGCAAAUUGGGUUGGAGACCAGACGUUGUUGUACAGAGCAGCUGGUAAGGCGGAGCUGGAAAGAUCACUUGAUAUGCCGCCGGUGAACCGCCGGAGAAAUGUAAACGAACCGAUUGUGGCCUUCGGUCCACCAGGGUCAAGCGGCGAGCUCAACGUCAGUGUGGUCGUCUCCCCUGUUGCUCGUGAUUUCUCAAUUGAAGCGUUUGGAGGUCCAGAGGAGGUAGGAGAAGCAAUCGUCAGAAAGAUUACAGGAUCUGGCCGGAGGCCGGAGAUUAAAGGAAGACUCAUAAAAACAGAUCUUAGAGAAGAUGAAGUGAAGAAAGUGAAGUAUUAUGUGUUAGAAUUUGCGGUUGAAAGUCCGUCGUUUAGCCGGCAUAAUGUGGCGGUUUGUUGUGCUCGUGAGGGACGUUUGUUCACUCUGAAUGCGCAAACACCGGAAUCGGCAUGGCCUAUGCUUGAACAUGAUUUUUAUAAGAUUGCUGAUUCUUUUAGUCUAACUUCUCUAUGA